AUGUCACUUUCCAGAUCGUCCUCGUUAUCUCGAUCCUCCCCAUCCCCCAAGACUUCAAUCAUCAUAUCCAAUUUUGCCAAGGAAGAUUUUGUGAAACCAGGACCUGGCUCCUCGUCUCCCAAGCUUGUUUCCAAAACUUUGUCAUUGGUUGAUCAAAUCAAAUUAUCAGUUUUGAAUAAAGAUGACGAGGUUUUAAAUCACAUCACAUUUUGGUCAGUUUUGCCAUUUUUGAGUCGUAUAAUUAUCAUUUUUGACAACGAGCAGGCAGCUAGUCAAACAUUGGACUACUUGCGUGAUUUAUUGAAACCUUUCCCGUAUCUCAAGUUGUCAUUGCAAGAGAAUUUAUUGCAACGGUCAAAGUCACAAGAUCAAUUACAAGAGUUGAACUCAUACAAUUCUAAUUUAAAUGUGACCAAGAGUUUGGCUAACUUUAGGAGCUUCCAUAAUGAUCCCAAUAACGAUUCAGAAUUGCUGGAAUAUAUUGAACCUGCCCCCGCUCAAUUCAAUGUUUUGUCAGAUUUGUCGAAAUUAGGAAUAGACUUGAGAGAGUACAACAGCGAUGAACAAAUGAGUGAGUUGAGAGAGAAUGAUCUAGAACAGCAGGAGCAAGAACGGAGAUCAAAGAGUCCAGGAUCCGUAUCACCAAUUGCAUCACCAAGACAGAGUGAUUCGCCACAGCUGUCCUCGACACAACUGCUGCCUGUAUUGAGGAGAAGGUCAACAAAGACAUUGUUUAGACCUCGCUUGAAUGUCAAAACUGGUGAAGAUACUAACAACAAUGUGGAGAGUCAUGGAUUGUUACAGUCGCCUGCCCAAAUCAAACUGGAUGAUUAUCCACAAUCGCCAACAAUAACAUUAGAUGAAACUUUUUGA